GAAUGUAAAGUGCACAAGACCAACUUCCUUUCUCUAAAGCCAUCUUCUUCCUAUAUAUGCUCCUAUAGAGUACAGACUGAUCACUGCCAACUUGGAGAAGUAGUAUGUAAAGUAACAUUCUAGAGAUAGGCUUCACAAGGAAUUAAGCCAUGCAGUGAGGGGAAAUUUAAGCAGUUACACUGAUUUUUCCUACACUGUAGAUCCUGCAAUAGUUCUAGGAUCAGACACUAGUGGGACAACCAACCUGUUAAGAGCCAUACAUAAAGCAGAACAAGAACAUCUUUUUAAGGGGGGUCUCAGAGGUCCCAUAUAAGGUUUCAUGGUAAGAUAUAGGAAUGCCUGCUGUAAAAGCAAUAGGACCUAUGUAGCUUAUCUUCAUGGACCAGCUCAUGGUCUAUUCUUCCAUGUUUCAAAACGUUCUAGCACUAAUGUAGCCUACUUUAUAUCUAGUAUAGGAAAACCUGCCAACUCUUAUGUAAGAGGGCCAGGCUAUUCUUACUCAUGCAGCUAUGUGUGAACCAACACCCGUGCUUACUUCAUUAUUUAAUUGAGAUCACUGUGUUUCAAUCAAGGAGUCUGCAGUGGUUUCCAAUGCUUCCAGCAUGAAAAGCAAGCUGCAAUGGAGAUCUGGCUGGUGGAGGGCUCUAAAGCAGCCACGGAGCGGAUGCCUUGCGCUGCCUGUCUGUUCUGCAUGUUCUGCCUUCCUCUGCAUGCCGUGCUGAGAGGGAAAUCCAGCACCCAGGGUCAUCUCACAGUGGGACAAGCAAGGAAGGGAUAGCUUCCAGAGGGAUUGCACUCAUCCUCCAGCCAGACUGACCAGCAGAAGGCUCAAGCUUUUGAAGCUAUUUAUGGCAUAGCAGCAGGGAAGCUUAAAAGUCAACUCUGACAGUCUAAAAGGGUUACCACUUGCUGUGCUAGUGUGUGCAACUUGGAAAAGAGGAAACCUCUGUCGCUAGAGAAAGCUCUAUGAGGCAUUCAACCUGAUCUGGAGACUCCAUCUGAGAGAACUUUCAAGUUAAUACAAUUUUGGUCACUUGGGACUAUUACUGCAUCCACUCCUUUCUGCUCCGAAUGUGACACUGCAGUGUGUGCUUGCUCCGAGGGCCCUAUCCUUAUCUGCACAUUGGUGCACGUGCGCUCGGUAGAGGUGGCAUCCCAGCCAAGGAUUAUGGGAUCGCUGUCUGGAUGCAGCAGCUGUAACUCAGUGUGAUGACUUCUGCACAGCACAAGACCCCCUGCAGCAUCACCAACCUUCCGUGAGAAAGUUCCUGCUUUGAAUCCAGGGGGAAUCCAGCCUGUCCUCUUGUUUUUUUCAGCAGGUUUGGCAAUGGUGAACACGACAGUCUCUUCGCUUUCAUGGGGCUCUAAUUUACAUGAGCACUGGAGACAAACCCCACAUUGGAAAACAAGAAGCUUUUGUAGCUUUUUAACCAUUGUUUCCUGUUGGGGUGUGAUAUCAUAAUGCUCAAAUUAAUCACUUAUGAGGAGCAGCUGUGAAUUUCCGCUGUACGAAAGCAAAGUCACUGCAGUAGGUGACUCAAUUCCACGUUUGAUGCUGUCCAAGCAAAGUGGGAAAAAAACAGUGGGCACCUGGUAUCAGUUUUAUGAGUGGGUUUUUCCCUAUUAGAAUGGGAAUUUUGUGAAGACUUGAUUAAAAGGAGUGUCCUCCUGUUGUGCUGUCACCCACCAGACUGAGCUGCACACGAACGCCAGCAUGCUGCCAUACAUCCUCUUCUCUUGUUUGCUGCUCUGUGUGCAAGCACAGAACUGCAGCGUCCGUGAAAUCAUCCGGCAUACAAAACUCCUGCUUCAGGAAAGCCCUCUGAGUUGCCCCUGUAGGGAGACAGCUGUCAAUUCAUGUUCAUGUCUUCCCAUUGCUGAGCCUGGCCAUGAACUGCCAUGCUUUGUGGAAGGAACCGAACACAUGCUGAAACACAACAUCUCUUCCAAUGCAGUAGUUGAAAGGCUUAACCUAAGCUUUCAGAUUCAACUGGACAGAAAGCUCUGUAAAAGCCUGGCGCACGGGACUCAAUGCCAGUACAAGGUCAAAGGAAACGUGAAAGAAUUUUUGACUAAAAUCCUUAGGACCUAUCAAGAAAUCAAUAUACACAAUUUAAAAAAGCUUAAAAAACCCCCCGUAAUUCUUUGAAAAGAAGGGGGGAAAAGUUAUUUAUUGUAUUUAUUGUUCACCUGAGCUAUAGAAGGUAGAAAUACCAACUGCUAAAGCAAUAAAACUGCUAUUUACCUGAGCACCAAAAGUAU